AAAUGAGACUUCUUUCUGCGGCCCAAGUUUAUAUAAGUCUGCAGUUUUAAAAAUACCUCGACCUGCUACGUACGCCCACACAGAAAGUCAAAACAACUUCUAAGGUUAUUGCACUUCGUUCAAUCGUCAUCGCAUUACGGGGUACAGGACUCUCCUGUUCCUUCGUUCAGCACGAGCCAAAAUGGCAUUUAGGCCAGUACUUAGGCAAGAAGAUGUUUCAACGUGUCGAGGAAAAUGUCUGAACCUACGAAAGAUGCAGCUGUUCCUCAGGCGUGUUCAUGGGGAGAGGGAAGUUUAAUUAAGUAGACGAACAAUUUUACCUUUCCACAACCUUUCUCUUUAACUAAAAUUGUUAGCGAAAUUAAAUCAGGAGGAAUAAAACGGACUGGGCAUUCAGAACGAAUGGGAGACAAUACAUGCAUACAACAUUUUGUUGGGAUAGGCCAGCGAUGGCGACGCUGGUGUCAUGCUACGUCCUCCUCCUCGUCGUCAUAUCGUGUACUGCAAGCCAAUGGAGUAAACCUCUCGCAACAGAUAACAGAAGAUUAUCCACAGCAUCCGAGGACUGGGUGCCAGUGGCCUCGGCCUGCCCCUCAUGUCUGAAAGAGGCCAAAUCCAAGGUGGUGGCCAGACAAGCAGAACCCCUGCUCCAGCCACCUCCUGCCUAUCAACUAUCUGCUCAGUCUGCAUACAUACAACAGACUUUGAGCGCACAACAGCGCGAGAUACAGAACCAUUUCAAUGCACCGGGACUGUUACCGACCUUCACACACAAGCCUGAACAGUUCUUCAACCAGCAACAUUAUCUCGCACAGACAGGGUCAGCAGGCCAACAGCUAGUGUCUCCUCAACUGAGUCACCAACAGCCGUCUAUAAUUCAACAGCUGACACCUCCUCAGUUAAGUCACCAACAGAUAUCAGCAUCAAAACAGCUAGUGUCUCCUCAACUCAGUAAUCCUCUGCAAUCAUCAACUCAACAACUAACAUUUCCUCAAUCGAUUCACCAACAAACGUCUGCAGCCCAGCAGUUACUGUCUCCCCUGCCAAAUCACCAACAGACAUCUGCAGGUCAACAAGUAGUGUCUCCUCAGCCUAGUUACCAACAGAUACCAGCGACUCAAGUGAGCAAAGAGCAGCCGUCAGCAGCCCAACAGCUGGCGGCUCCACAUUUGAAUCACAGACAUGAGAAAGUGCCACAGCGGACCAGGAGGCCACCAACCUCAACCACAGUUGGGCCUGCACCCCAGGAAGAGGUACAGCUCUUGUAUGUGCCUGUUGAAACUCUGCGUCAGCAACAGCAGGCGGCGGCCCUGUUGCAACAACAGCAGCAACUGACACAGGAACACCUGAAGUCAAGCUCUACAACCGAACAUCCUAGCACCACACUCGAGCCCUACCAGCCACCAUUGUCCGUAUACAUGGGCCCAAAAGGUCAUAACAUCAAGAUAUCAGAUGUGGUUAAAGUGUUAAAGGAUGCUAAGACAAUAUCAGUGCUAGAUACAGUAGGGCCCGAUUCACCACAGGUGUUUGUUGGGCCUUCUGACUUGCACACUCCCGAAGGUUACGCCAAGUUUGAGCUUCCCUACUUAUCUGCACUCGAGUCCAACCGCGUCGAGAGGAAAGUGAACAAGCCCCCAUUCUUUGUGGCACCACUGAGCUUCACGCCUCCACCUGGAUAUUCUAAAAUCCCAUUUCCAGCUCCACAUGUAGGUUCUGUGGUUGUGAGCAAUGUCACAGAGAAUGUACUACAUGAAAAAAUCCAUACCAGAAAGCACUAUAGUCUACCCCCUCAGCUACCACCAAUAAACCCGGAGUUAGCUUCACUGGUAAACUCUCUUCAGGACCAACGCCAUGUCUUGCUCGUGCCUCAGAAACAGGAGGCUCAACACGUAGGACUGGAAACUUCAACGGAGCGAUACACAAGGAAAAAGCAGUCCCGACAACCAUACCAGGAUACAGAGGUCACAACCACAUCUGCCAGGUUACCCAAUAAACAAACGAGACAUCGAUUCCAACAACCAUCAACACAAUAUCAACCAGUAACUGUAACAACAGUUCAACCACAGUACUUAGAGAAGACAAGAACACGUCAGCCUCCAUAUCCGGAAUUCGAAGAACAAUCAAAACAGUCGCACCAUGGCCUCAUACAAGCAGAAAUUUCAACACACAAGCCACAAACAGCAAUUCGAAAUCCACCUCGUCAGCCACAAUAUCCUGAGGACACACUCUCAAAAGAAGAAUAUACAAAAUCACAGGUACACGCAUAUAAGACAAGCCCUUUGAGCCCUCAAGAAAGCCUGCUCAGGACACUGACCCCAGAAUACUAUAACUCACAGGAGGAAAGUUCAACGCAGCAGUCACAGUAUGUCACAUCAGAUGCAACAGUUCCGGAGAAACAAGCAGCGUAUAACGUCCCUCCAAAGGAAGUGCAAUAUCCACAUUUAGAGUCAGUGGUUAUAACAGAACAGCCAACGUAUACAAUUCCUGAGGGAAAUAUUCCUACACAACAAGCAAAAUAUACAGUAACAGACACUUAUGUUCAACCAAAAUACACCACCACACGGGCAGAAAUACCAUCGCGACGACCACUGAAUUUGGAACCAUAUUCAGGGCUUCCAAAAUAUACGACAGCACAAGACAUCAGUCCACAAAGAGAAACACAAUAUCCAGUUCUAGAAUCAUCAACAAGACCAUCACAAUAUGAAACGCCAGUGGACGUUGCACUUCGCCAACCUCAACAUUCAGAACUAGAAAAAAGUGCUCAAAGAAAACCAUCGAUACAUAUGUCACAAGAUUACCCAGUUUUAGAAACCGCUGCUCCAGUAAACACAAAAUAUGAUAUUCCUAAGGAACAGAGUCCACACCGUGAGCCACAAUAUACAGUCCUGCAAGUAUCAGCACCAGCAAAAUCAGAAAAUUAUCAUACGGCACAAGACAUUUUGUUACGUCCAGAAAGUGGGGAUGAAAACAUUUACAAAGUGUCACAACACAGAUUCCAAUACCCUUCAUUAGACACAGCAAAUCAACAGAAGACGUCUAAACAGACUGUUACCCAGGAGAAAGUCCCAUCCAUUCAGUCACAAUAUCAAAUUACAAAAACAGCUGUUACAGAAAAACAACCAACAUAUUCUACUCCGCAGGAUAUACCAUCACGUGAUACACAGUAUACAGUUUCACCCGAAACGGUCCAAUCCCAAUACCCGACUCUGGAGUCAGAGGUUCUAACAGAUUUGAUUCUUACAACUACCACAACGGCAGCCCCAACGCGUGAAACACCUUCUAGGGGACGAAGCCGGGGAAGAUAUCGGCCUUCGAGCUCUUCCACAACAACUCCAGCCCCGCGCACUCGAUCACCAUACUCAAGAGGACGCCGUCCUGUCACGAGAACCACAUCAGAAACCCCUGAUGUGCCAGCCUCCGCAGAUCAAAUCAAUACGUUCGAGAGCAGCCGCCAACACCCACAGAAGUCUCAAUUUGAGACCCAGCGCAGAGACAGGACUCGAACUCGCAGUAGAGGAAGAAGUACAACUACCACGACAGUGUCACCACAAUACAACAGAGACCUGCACCAAGGUGACCUGUACACUCCUACGACAGUGGCCCAACACUCAAGAACGGACACUGUAACUGAAAAUUUUCUACAGUUUGCGUCAGUAUAUCAACAGCAGUCCCCAAGUGGUCAUGUGACCCAUACUCAGUUCCCAACUGGACAACCGGGCUUUACACAGCCUCCAAGUAGUCAACUAUCCCAAAGACAUAGUGGACCAAUACCCCAGAAUCAAUUUUCAAGUAGCCAGGUACUUAACACACAUUUACCCAGCGGAUCAAAUUCAGGUGGAAAAUUAACUUAUAUCCAAAUUCCAAAUGAGCAAGUAUCUCAUAGCCAGAUUGCUAAUGAACAAGGUGCUUUUUGGCAGGUCCCAAAUAGAAGUGAGUCUCAACAACAAAUUUCCAUUGGACAAACAGCCCAUGAUGAGGCCCCAAUACAUGAAGUGGAUUACCCUCAGCUCCACAGCGGACAGAGUAGUCACUCACAGAUUCAGUCUGAAGCACUGAAUGAGACCCAAAUCCAAAACGCGCAAAUAGUCAGACAACACAUUUCAAGUGGACAAUUGAGUCAAAGUCAGGUGCCUAAUGGACAUGUGGUCAUCAAUCAGGUUCCAAGUGAAAACGUAAGAAGCACCCAGCUUAUCAGGGAAAAGGCGGUCUAUAGUCAGGUCCCUAGUUCUCAAUCAGCAGUUCAUAAGGUUCCCGAUUACUCCGAUAGGCAGCCUGUAACAUCGACAGGUAGCAAACACCUGUCCUCAGCUCCUGCGCUGUCAAAUAUUGAAGUUCUCCAACCAGAUGGAAUCUUCCUUCAAGAACUUCCAGUGUCUACCACCCAGCGCCAGCAUUCCGCAUUACCACACACCAAGCAUCGAACAAAGGAAGUUAGCGUUGUAUAUCAAACAACGCUGCCAUCACAAACCCUUGAUGGGAAGUACACAGGGCAGGGAGAUCCUCAGCUCGUUACUUCAAACAGAGGUGCAAAGGGACAGGAUGGAGAUGUGACAGAGAAACCGUCAUUUGUAAGGAUCCGGGGAAGGGUACGUGGGCGACCAAGAAUAGUUCAACAGUCUGGGGACCAAAUAACCACAACUGCCACGGCAACACCUGAAUUACAAGUUACCACUGUGGGAAGGAAACAGACUAACUUCCUCAACAGAGGCUCAGCAAGGAAGACUCAAGCACUAACUACUACACCUCCUUCAGAAACUACGACACCAUUCAACGACAAGGUUUACACGGUACGUCCUUCCAGACGAUCACAGCAAUCUCAGACUAAGCUGACGACGAGAGCCAGAAUCCGGCGUCCAACGCGUCCACCAGCAACUACCAUUUCUACCCUGACGACGCCAUCGGACCACAGGCUGAACGAGGUCCCCGAUGUUUUUACGACGGAAGUAAUCCCCACCGCACGUGGGAUCCAGAUCUCUGUACAGCCACAGUAUGACCCGGUUCUCCAGACUCAACAGAAACAACAACACCACCAGUCAGUAGAGCAUUAUCGCGAACCUGUUCAGCACUAUCAGCCUCAUGAAGAGUAUCAGGCGAUACAGCAACAUCAGGUACCUGUUCAGCAGUAUCAGCUAGACCAACAUUAUCAGGCAAUACAGCGACAUCAGGAGCCAGUUCAGCAGCAUCAGCUAGACCAACAGUAUCAGGCAAUACAGCGACAUCAGGAGCCGGUUCAGCAGCAUCAGCUAGACCAACAUUACCAUUCAAUACCACAGCAUCAGGUACCAGUUCAACAAUACAGGCCCAGUGAACAGUAUCAUCAGCAGCACCAGUCAGUUGAACACCUCAGGGUGGCAGAUCAAACUUCCCUCCCAUCUGGCAAUCAAGCCCGGUAUGGUGCUAAUGAUCCGGAGCGUGGAGAAGAGAGCCAAUGGUCAACCAGAACUCUGGUCCAUAACUCUAGCAAUGUCAUCCCGAACGUGUCCAAGUACAGUAACACUCAGUUGGAAGUGGCAACAGAAGUGUCUGUGACGACAGAGGGAGCAGACAGCACCACAGGGACGAUCGCGUCAACCACAGAGGCAGCACCUCUCUUGCUGACCACGCUGCCCGGUUUCAGCACUACAACUGAGAUCAGCUCGCCCGUUCACAGUCGUCGAAGGGGUAACUGGAUUCGAGUCCGAGUAAGACCACAAAAAGAUAUUUUUGAGACAGCAGAAUCUCAGAAUUUGGCCACAGUAGCAGAAGCAAAUCAGAUCCCAGGAGAAAGUACGUUUAAGCAAGUGGCAAAGAACACAGGUGAUCAGGAUGUUCUUGAAAAUUAUUCACCAACCUCUUCCAGCAGCCAUGGAAGUUCUGAGACUCAUGAUGCAACCAAAGAGAUGACUGAGUCUUCCAGCGCCAUAGAAGUUCUUGGGCAUCAAGGAGUUACGUUGAACUUCCAGAAUGUUCCAAGCGGUUUCAUGAAGGACAACAUUACAGUCGGGAUUGAGACCAAAUCUCCAAAUAAUGACACCGUCACAACAGACAAAGAAGAACCGUCCCUUUCACUCGAUAGUCAUGGUUACGAAAAUUUGGACGGCAUAAGUAAGCAUGCGGUUCAUAAAGAUGCACCGGGAGUGACCGGUCCUUCUUCCAAUGUAAAUUCUAGUAAUGAAGGAACUACAGAAAAGGAUGUGACCAAAUCUGUCAGAAUUCAGGAUGACUAUGACAACACUGACUUCUCUUCCUGGCUAGUACCGCCCAGCAGUCUAUAUGAUAUGUGGAAUCAAGAAGGAUCAUCUGAACUGGUGGCAAAAUUUUCCAGAAAUCAGGACAAAAAGGACAAUGGAGACCAAAUUUACAAGAAGGCAAAUUCCUCUUGGACAAUUCCUUCCAGCAGUCUGAAAGAUUCAUUGACCCAAGACCCACCUAGAAUGACAACGGACCCGUUGAGCAACAAACAUGACGAUGAUUAUGAUGAUGAUGACAGUAUAACAACAGUGUCUCCAGAAGAGAUGACUACAUUAUGGCCUGAAGAGCAGGAUUCAUAUGGUGGUUCUUUACUGUCAUCUAAAGCAUAUUAUGGUAAAUCGGGGAAAGAUUCUGACAGGAACCUCAACUGGGGAGGCUAUGAAGACUGGUGGGCCAAGACAUACGCCAAUCACAGGCCAUAUUACACAGAUGAACAAUUAAAACUUCCUGAGGAGACUGAGAAGCAGCUCCCAGACAGUACUUCCAUCUGGGACAUGGCCGGUUUCAGAGAGUAUGAGGAUUCAGAUGACUCUACUGAUGAUGUCAGCAGGAUUACUAACACAAGUCUGUCAAGAAAAACAACUCAGAUAACAGAAAAUAGCACAGCUCCAUCUACCUUGGAAGAUUAUCCCAGCUAUCAGGUAUGGGAAGAUCUCCACAAAUACUACCAAAGUAACAAGCACUCAGUUAAAAAGGCAAAUCCCCAAAACCUCUACAGUGACAAGCAAGUGAAGCUCAAAGAUGCAGAGACUGAGCCUGAAGUAAGUUCCAUCCCAGAUGUCCUGGCAGCAUCACCUGAAGACACACUACCAGGUACAGAUAUACCUACCGCAGGAAAUGAUGUUGACAUGAGACAAUUUCACAAGAUGAGUACCGAGCAGUCAGACCAGAGCCUAACUGAAUCAACAACAUCAGCUCACAGCAACUUGAAGGGAGUGCCUUCUCACAGUCCAGCAACAGAGGCUAGCAUUUUGUCAACUUCCACUAAGUUUGCUGUCCCUUCUUCUGCCGAGAACAUUUUGAGCACAGAAAGUAUUCCAGAUGAAAAUAUCAUUGGGACAGAUAAAACAAUUUCUUCUGAAUCAAAGAAAACGCCUUAUCAUAAUGAGUACAGUUCAGAAUCCAGUGUUCCGUUAACCUCUGAAUCAAGUAUAAAAAGAACAGACACUCAAUCUCUCAUGGCACGGAUUCUGGGUACUACAACUUCCACCAAGAUUUCACACGAAACAGAAAUAUGCUACAGAGGUCGAUGCAUAAAGACAAAGACAAAGGAUUCAGACAUUGAUCAGUUCUCAACAGAUUAAGAAGCUUUUUUCAAAUCUAAGAGACUAAUUUAACUAUCAUCUGUAAGUGGUGUCCUUCACUGAAGAAUGAUUAUCUGAAAGUGCAUAUAGCUGUAAAGAACCAAACCGAUAUCUAUACUGGUGUCUGUGAUCUAUCUCAGGCACUUCUUAGAUAAAUUUAACAAUGUAUACAUUUGACAUUCAAUUAAUUCUCUGAGACACCACGAGAUGCAGAAUCAACUAAAACUACAACAGCCUCACUGAUCUACAAAACAUACAAGUGUUUGGGGAUUCAACGAUAAAUACUUGGAGAAGUACAAUUUAGAGGCCCAGUAUUGCUGUCAUCAUAAUGGCUACCAGUGUUAAUAUUUUCUCUGACUAAACAGAUACAGAGAUGUGGUAAUGUUUCUCCAUUGUUGCCAAACACAAACUGAUUUCGCUCAACUUUUCCCCAUGAGGGUAGAGCAGCAAAUGUCCUAUGUGCUGUGUGUUCAUGUGUAUGUGUUUUGUGUGUAUGAAGUGUUAUUUAUAUUUAUAAGUUUGCUAACACUGUAAUGAUAUUGCAGAUUAUAUUUUGUAGCACAACUA